AUGGGGGGCAUACUGCAUCAUGUGUUUGAGCUCUGGUUGCUGGAGAUCACGAAUCUGAUUCUGUUUCUCUGGCUGUUCCAGAAAGCCCACGAUCAGCACAACGAUUGUCAAGCGGGAAAGACUCCCGUUGGGGCUGCUCUUGGUGUGCAACGUUGGAGCUCCACAGAAGGCGACGUUUCUUCUCAUCCACUCCCUGCUGCCUCCUGCCUCCUGUCUCCUCUCUCCCCUCUCCUGUCUCCUGUCUCCUCUCUCCCCUCUCCUGUCUCCUGUCUCCUCUCUCCCCUCUCCUGUCUCCUGUCUCCUCUCUCCCCUCUCCUGUCUCCUGUCUCCUCUCUCCCCUCUCCUGUCUCCUGUCUCCUCUCUCCCCUCUCCUGUCUCCUGUCUCCUCUCUCCCCUCUCCUGUCUCCUGUCUCCUCUCUCCCCUCUCCUGUCUCCUGUCUCCUCUCUCCCCUCUCCUGUCUCCUGUCUCCUCUCUCCCCUCUCCUGUCUCCUGUCUCCUCUCUCCCCUCUCCUGUCUCCUGUCUCCUCUCUCCCCUCUCCUGUCUCCUCUGUCCCCUCUUCUGUCUCCUGUCUCUUCUCCCUUUUCGUCGGCUGCCUCUGGCAGAUCCCAACAAGCCCAAGAGCGACAAGGCAACGGUGUUGGGGGACAUCCUAGCAGCGCUGAGGGAGCUGCGCUCUACUCCAAUUCACAAC